GAAAUUGAAAUCAAAAUGAUUAUACGACUCUACGAAGCAGAAAUGUGUUGUUCCCUAUUUGUAUAUAACACGGCAGGUUUAGUGGUAAACGCAUCCAGUAACAUGAAGGCCUUUAUUGCAGUAGUGAUCACCUGUUUCGUAGCAGUCGCUCUUGGGCAAGAAGAUGAUUCUAAGAAGAUGAUGAAGGAUUGCAGAGAAAGUGCCGGUUUCGCAGAUAAGGGCUCGUUCCGAAAGGCGAUAAAGGAGAACGGCAUCAAUGAUGAGAAAUUUCAAAAAUUCAGCGAGUGCAUUUUGAAAAAUACCGGUACUUUGAAAGAUGACGGUUCUUUAGAUUUUAGUAAAUGGAAGGCAAAGUGCGAGGCGUCUGGUAAAGAUUGCUCAUUCAUCGACGAAUGCGCAAAGCAAAAGGAAGACACCAAUUCAAAAACUUACGCAAGCAUUGUCCUCUGCGGAUUUAAACAUAUGCACAAGCAAAGGGAAGAGAACGCAUAACUACAGGACGUUUUUUUAGCUGAAAUCUGUCAAUUUUAAUAAUAAAUUUGACUAACUCUG